CUGCGCAGCCUCAGUUGACCUCUGCUGUGUUGUCUAACCGGGUCACAGUUUUGCUCCGCGUCGCUCCACAAAGUUCGGGAUUCAGACCCAGAACAGGAGCUCCGGCCUCCUGACACCAGCUGGAACCGGUUCUUGUCCGCUCAUGAUCCUCCCGUCCCGGGUCCGGACCGUCUGUGAGGCUCGGCUCGGUUCGGCCCAGUUAGCCAGCAGGCUAACCCUCUGGCCGGCGUGGCGUGUGAGAUGAUCCGCUGCUGGUGCUCCUGUUCCGGCUAAGCUGUGAGUGGACCGGCCGGAACCAUGUGGCAGAACCUCGGCCUCACCCUGCUGGUCAUCGUGGCUACGCUGCUCUGUGUGCUGCUCUUCAUGGUGUUCGGUUGGUACGUCGUCUGGCAGCUCUUCCUCUCCAAGUUCAAGUUCCUGCGGGAACUGGUGGGCGACGCCGGAACGCCGCAGGCCGAAACCCAGCCGGCGGAACCAAAGGCGGAACGUUCCGCCCAGACCAGAACCCGGAACCGGACCUCACGCCAAAGAGUCUCCUUCCCAGACGGCGCCUCGUAGACGGCGGUCUGACAGGAAGCAGGCGGAGCGCCGAUGGAGCUACUUCCAGCUUCCACCAGAGGGGGCGUGGCUUUAACAGAAUCAACCAAUCAGCUCCUAAUCAGCUGAUCUGGAAACGUUUGAGAGAUCUGCCCUCCGAGGCAGCAGGAGGCGCCGUCAGUCACAUGGUCUGCUGUUAUCCAAUCAGCUGUCACUUCCUGCGCCGUUUAAUCGUUUCCGUUCUGAAACUUUAGCUUCGAAUAAACAAAUUAAUGCCAAACCAGA